AUGGCGAUCUGUACUUAUAACGCACGUACGCUUGCAUCGGAAGCGGCCAUCGAAGAUCUGAUGAUGCAAGCCAAGAAGACCAAGUAUGACGUCAUCGGAAUGACCGAGAAGAGACGACGUUACCCUCUCAGCUCCGUAAAUGAAACCGGAAAAGAACUAUUCUUAGGAACAUGCGACAGUAGAGGUGUUGGUGGAAAGCCAUCCUCUCUACGCUGGACGUGGGAGUCACCCGGUGGAGGGUACCGUAAUGAAAUAGACCACAUCAUCGCCAAUAAAAGGUUCUGCCUGACGGACGCCGCUGUUGUACCAAAGUUGUACACGAUACGUAGGCAUACGCUGAUACGUCAGCGUGGAGCAGCACGAGCCGCAGGGAACCAAGAACUCACGUCCGAGCUCGCAAGGCUUUGCAGAGAGGCGAUACAGGAACACCUCAAAGAGAGAAGAUUAGAAGUGCUGGCUGAAGCUGCAGAGACGGGGAAAAGCAUCCGCUAUGCCCUUCGAGACUUCUCCAGUCGCAAGACAAGGAUGACUGCUCUCCGGAACCCAAAGGGAACAGCCAUUGCAUCGAGAAAGGGGAUGGAGAAAAUCAUCUACGACUUCUACUCUGAUCUCUUCGACAGCCAUGUCCACCGUCUGCCUCCUCACCAUCUGAGGGAAGACGGGCAAGUCAUUCCAGAGGUUCUCCCGUCCGAAAUACGACAUGCUAUCAUGUCGGUAAGAAAUCGUACGGCAGCCGGUCCCGACAGAAUAAGACCAGAACACCUGAAAAACCUUCCGCCAGUACUCAUCAACACCCCGGCGAGGCUCUUUACACGUUAUCUGUCGGAAUGCAAGGUUCCUAAACAGUGGAAGACUAGCAAGACCGUGUUGUUGUAUAAAAAGGGAGAUCCACAUGACAUCGGCAACUAUCGUCCAAUCUGCUUACUGUCCGUCAUCUGCAAGCUCUUUACAAGAGUGAUCCUUAAUGAGAUUGAAAAAGUUUUGGAUGAAAGACAGCCAGGCGAGCAAGCAGGGUUUCGAAAAGGAUUCAGCACGCUUGAACACGUUCACACUGUUGAGAAACUCAUCGAGGUAUCAUGA